UGUUGAGACUCCUGAGACAAGCCACCAACCAAAAGACUCAGGUUAAAAAACAAAAAAUCAAGAUGGACCAUCAAGCCAUGUCUUUAGACACGUCCAGCUCGCUGUUUAAUGAUCUCCGUCUGGAGGGAGAGUUUUGUGAUGCAGUCAUCAGAGUCCAGGACGUCCAUUUUCAAGUCCACAGGAUCAUCCUGUGUGAAUGCAGCCCGUAUUUCCUAGCUCUUUUCAGAAACUGGUCAACUCCGGACCAAAAGGACUUUGACAUACCCGGCCUGUCUCCUGACAUCAUGCAGCUCGUCAUUGACUUUGCAUAUACCGGCUGUGUUUCUGUGACGGAGGACAAUGUUCAGGAGCUGCUGCAGGCAGCCGAUUACCUCAACGUAAUGGGCAUUGUGCAAACCUGCUGCAACUUCCUCGGGGAGCAGCUCUGCCCAAAGAACUGCAUCGGCAUCUUUCAUUUCACCAACAUCUGCUUCGCCUCCGAACUGCAGCGCAAGGCCUACCGCUAUAUCAUUGAUCACUUUGAGGAGGUUGUUUUCUCUGAAGAGUUCCUGCAGCUCUCUGUGCAAGAGCUCAAUGAGAUCAUCAAAAGAGACGACCUCAACGUGAGAAAAGAGAGCGCCGUGUAUGAAGCCGUGCUUCGCUGGAUUGCCCACAAACUUGAGGAUCGAAAAGGACACAUUGCUGCACUCUUGUCUAAGGUCCGGCUGGUUUUGACAGGUAUGGACUACAUAAGGAUCAAUGUGAUGUCCAAUGAGCUUGUGAUGAACACCACUGCGUGCCUGCCUAUAAUCCAAGAAACCUUUGAAACCAUAUGUCAUAUCAGGACAAACCCACGGCCCUCUGCGUACGCUCUCUGGAACCCUCUCGUCCGUCCUCGCCUGCCUAACGCCAUCCUGUUGGCCAUUGGAGGCUGGAGCGGCGGCCAUCCGACUAACAGCAUUGAGGCGUACGAUGUCCAAGCUGACUACUGGAUCAAUGUGACAAACAAUCACGAGCGUCCUCGUGCCUACCACGGCACCGCCUUAAUCAACGGGGAUCUCUACUGUGUUGGUGGCUUCGACAGGAUGGAGCAUUUCAACAGCGUGUACAGGUUUGACCUGAGUGCACACACGUGGCAUGAGGUGGCAUCAAUGAACUACCGCCGCUGCUAUGUGAGCGUCACUGUGCUGAACGGGUGCAUCUACGCCAUGGGAGGUUUUGAUGGGCAUGUAAGACUCAGCACUGCAGAAUUCUACAGGCCCGAGACCAACCAGUGGAGUCUUAUUGCACCAAUGCACGAUUUUAGGAGCGACGCCAGCUGCACAACACUCAACAACAAGGUUUACAUUUGUGGUGGUUUCAAUGGGAAUGAGUGCCUGCAAACGGCUGAAUGUUACAACCCAGAGACAGACCAGUGGACAAUGAUCGGCAUCAUGAACUGCCAGCGCAGUGGAGUUGGAGUCGUUGCAUAUGCAGACCAGAUCUAUGCAGUUGGGGGCUUUGAUGGCACCACCCGUCUACAAAGCGCUGAGGCCUACAACCCCCGGACCAACAGCUGGCACGAAGUGGCCUCCAUGGUGACUGCCCGCAGCAACUUCGGCAUCGAAGUGCUCAAUGAUCACCUCUAUGUCGUCGGGGGCUUCAACGGCUUCACCACCUGCGAUAACGUUGAGUACUACGACACAAAAACAGAUGAGUGGUCUGAGGCCUGUAAUAUGGGGAUUCUCCGCAGCGCCCUGAGCUGCUGUGUGGUGUCCGGACUCCCCAACAUGGCCGAGUAUGUUGUCCGUCGUGAUGCCCUGCCGGUUUUAACUUUGGAGUCUGCCCAGUCAGGAGACACCAUCUAAUACACCUUUCCGCCAUCAAGAAAAAAGUUAUGGAAUAAAUUUCCUUUUGCAUUAAACUGAAAUUACUC